CAGUUCUCCUCCCUUCCCCGAACUGCCAACCUCUCAAGCUCGUCAUGUCGGACAAGCCCGCUCCAGUCGGCGCUGUGGAAGUCAGGCGCGAACCGGACCCAGAAUGUCAUGAUGAGUGCGUCAUCUGUCCGAUACGCUUCAUGGUAUGCUCCUUGGAGCUGGGGCAAGUCUAGCGGCUCUGUCGACGCCAGUUCCCUUUCGCCUGCCGAACGGGUGCCAGUCGCCGAAUUCUCGAAUCGCCCAGUCUCCGAAUCUGCGCAAGCUGCAGAACCUGCCGUCACCACAUCUACCCCGGAGCUCGCUCCUGCAGCCAUCGAUAAGCCUGCUGUUGUAGACGGAGCAUCCGUGUCCACCGAGGCCGCAGCAGAAACCGCAUCCACAUACGCUGAACCCAAGACACUCAAUGACCUGUUCGGUGCCGAACCUGUCAAGGACACUCUCCCUACUGCUGAAAUCGACCCUACUCGCCUAAUCGACCAUGCCGGACAAUUGAAGGAACUUGGCCUCGACUACGGCUACGGUAUGACGACUCUUUUCGAGAAGACCAUUGAAACCAUCUACCUACAAUCAGGCUGGGGCUGGGCUGGAUCGAUCGUUGCCGCUGGUCUUGUCGUCCGUUGCGCGACCUUUGUUUUCCAGGCUAUGAGCUCAGACAAGAUGGCAGCCAUGGCCUCUUUGGGACCCAUCACCAAGCCUAUCCAAGAGAAGAUGGAGGCUGCCAUCGCUCGGGGCGACAAGCAGCAAGCCGAUAUGUACAAGAUGCAGCAGGCGCAAAUCAUGAAACCAUAUAUGGGAGGCAUUCUCUCUACCGGAGGUUUCAUGAUCAUGCAAGGUUGGAUUGGAUUUUCGGCCUUCAGAUUUCUGAGAGCCAUGGGCGAGUUGCCUGUCCCAGGCAUGUCUCAAGAUGGAUUCUUGUGGUUUACUGAUUUGACCGCUCGCGACCCCUAUCUCGUUCUACCCUUUGCUACUUCAGCUAUCAUGUAUACUGUUUUCAAGACUGGAGGUGAAACCGGUAUCCAAGCCGAUGUUGGUCAGGCCGCCGCACGUCAAUAUAUGUUCACUGGUCUCUCAGUCUUCCUCGGUUUCGUUACAGCAUUCCAGCCGGCCGGUCUUCAACUCUAUUUCCUUGUGUCUGGUGUCAUGGGCGGUCUCACCGGUUGGCUCCUGCGCCAGAACGGCUUCAGAAGUAUGAUUGGCAUAAGGAAACUGCCCAGCAAGGCGAGCACCGAGCUCUAUACCAAGGUUGCCAAGGGCGAGUUGAAGCUGAAAGACAUCAAGGGAGCAGACGGAAGGGUUCGUUACCAGCCGCCCACCCGCACAGCUGCCCCGAACAAUCGUCGGCAACUGUCUGGUAUCAACCUCAAACCAGGAGUUGCCCUCCCUGCGCAUCUCCAGGUGGUGGCACCCAAGAUUGACACUGAGUACCCUGACCGUGACGUGGACUAUGAUGAAGGUAUCAAGGGCAAGCCAAUCAAUGAGAAGUUGGACUACUACCGCAGGAACUACCGCAUCAGCUACGUAUGGAGGAGAAUGACCAAGGCCACUGAAGCUGGAAUGCGGAAGGUUGGUUUUGGAAGCAAGAAGAUGUCAACGGAGGAGGCGAAAAGGAAGCAGAAGGCUGAGGAUUACGAAUACGAGAGGAGGCGGAGGUUCCAAAACAGGGCCUAG